AUGCAUAUCCACCACCACAAGUCAUCGAAAUCCCCAGAGUUCAAGAACCCAUUCGCUCCACUGCAGCUAGCAGCGGAAGAUGAAGCGCAACUCGAGGCCGUUGCUCGGAUCUUCGUGCAGAACACCGUUGUCCAGUACGAGAAGUUCAUCGAGCAGGACCGUCGAAAGGUAGACGGCAACCACUGGAAGUGCAUCAAGCACGAGCGCGACCUGCGCGUGUUCCUCCAGCGCCGACGGAAGGACGUGGAGCGCCGCAUGCGCCGCCACAUGCGACUGCGUAGCUUCCGAUAUCGCAGUUCCGAAACAGCCGAGUUCUCCGACGCCGACACGUACACGCCCAGCAUCGGCAGUCGUGACAGCAGUUGCAGCAGCGUCUCAAGCUUCUUCAGCCGCCGAACAGGCAGCUUUACGAGUAACUACAGCAGCACCAACAGCUCCGAUAGCAGGUCCACCACGAUCAGCAGCAACAACAGCUCCGACAUUGCCGCGGGAGCCACGACGCUGAUGGGCGUCGAGUUGCCGGUUCUUCAGCUCGUGGGGUCCGUCCCAGGCUCACUGGACGACGCGAUGUUCGGCGCGAUUGGAGCUUCCGCGGACGCGAUGCGCGUCAAGAGCGCAUACGAACGCGAAAACAUCACGGACGGCGCAGUGCUGGCCACGAUCACCACACCAACAACCGCGGAUCCGUUCCGGUCGUUGACGAUCAAGUGGGUCGAGCAGGAAGGCCCGACAAUCGACCACCUCCGGUACCACCCGCUGCACUACCCCGUGACGCUCCCAGGCGCAAGCACACGAGAGGAUCUAAUCUUCUUGGAAGCUACGGGGACCACGACGCUGGCUAAUGGAGACCGUAUCGGUUUCCAGCUGCGUCACUCGGUGCACUUCCCUCAGACGCACAUCCGCCACAACGUCCGUCGAGGAAACAUGUCGACAUGCACACUCUUCCGUGACGGUGACGCCACCACCAUCGACGCUGCUGAAGGUCCGUGCCGCGGAUCAGUUGAGGUGUUCGCCCGUGCUUGUCUGAGCGGCGGAAACGCAGCAGUCCGAUCCACCACUCAAUCUAUGGCUGCAACGGGGAACGUUGUGCUCUGCGGCCGUAUGAAGAAGCUCGCGUGGAUGCUAUCGCAGCGCCAGCCACCCGUCCAGCAGUUGAUGGGGUACGUCGCUCAGCAGACCAGCUUGGCGGGUCUUACCCGAUCGCUCCCUUCACAGAAGGCUCGACACGGGUCUCUCACCGUGACGGUCUCCGCUGCGGCCGCUGCUGCUGGGUCAGCAACCGACAGCAAGCUGUGCGUCACCUGCAAGAAGCGCGGUCCGUGGUUCAGCGCCCACGGGAACAAGAAGAAGCCGGCGACCACGUGCCAGUUGUGCUGGCGGUAUGUGUGCUCGUCCUGCCGCCUGAAGAAGACCGUCAUCAGCUGCGUGACCGACCCGCGUCGCGACGAUCGUCUCACCACUCACGUGAUCCAGCGGGAGGUGACACUCUGCAACGUGUGCGUGCACCAGUCCAUGGUCGCCACCAGCGCCCGCGACGUCGCGCGCGAGGAGAUCGAGGCCGACCCCAAGCGCUGGCGGUUCCCGUCGCCCAUGCACAACCGCGAGCGAUCCUCGGACGGAUACCUGCAGGCCCACCUGCUGGCCCAAUUGGCCGCCUCUUCUCGCGGCACCAGCGCGCUCCGACCCGUGGCCUCCGCUCUGUCGAUGCGCUCCGAGUUGGCUGUGAACGAACUUUUCCAGCGUUGCGCAUGA